AUGUCUUUAUCUCAGAUCAUGCUUACCUCCACGAAACUUUUGACAUGGUCCGUAUUCGCAAUCCAGCUUAUUGGGACCCUAGCAUCUCCCGCUGUUCCUUUACCGUUAGAGGUUGUUCACGCUGAAGUGGCAAGUGCCUCGGAGGCAGAAGAGCUCGUACUUACGCCCGCUGGAAAGUUUCCCAAGUCCCAAGUCCACGAAGUACCAGGCGGUGGACGCGUCGAGCACGACGGUGAAACGGUCCAUAUUUUAUCGGCCAAUGGAACCACGGUUUCGACUGCUGAGUUUGCUAAUCUCAAACGUAGCACCCUCGAGCGUCGAAACCUUCCAAAUGGCUAUGUCGUUCUCGCAUACUGGUCCGAAGGGAGCAUUGGCAACCCCAUCAAUCGGUUCACCAGCACUUGGACUGUCCCUGAUAUUCCCCAGAGUAUAACCGGUCAGACUAUCUUCAUCUUCAAUGGCCUCGAGCCAUCCGUCGGUGAUGCCAUCCUUCAGCCUGUACUACAGUGGGGUCCAUCUGCAGCUGGGGGCGGUAACUAUUGGUCUAUUGCGUCUUGGUGGGUCGGCCCCGCUGGAGUUUUCUACACGACUCCCCUCGGCGUCACCGUCGGUUCAUCUCUCACUGGUGUCAUGACCCUGGAGAGCAUCACCACUCCAAAUGGCGUCACUACCUAUAACUACAACUCUGUCUUCAGCGGAUUCCCUCUUUCAUCGCUCUCAAUUUCUUCCACCCGCGAGCUCCCUCUUGCGUUCGAAGCUUUGGAGAUUUACAACACUCAGUCAGCGACCGGACUUCCCCGAGGACGCACAGAAAUGAGGGAUAUCGACAUCGUCAGACGCGAUGGUUCACGACCAUCAGUCAGCUGGGUACCAACCUCCAAUAGUGCGAACGGAUUUGGAGUGCAGAUCGUUGCGAAUGGUGUUCCUCAUGGACGCGUCGACCUUAUUUAUCCUAACCAAUAA